AUGUCUAAAGCUGUCGGUAUCGAUUUAGGUACUACUUACUCCUGUGUCGCUCACUUUGCUAACGACAGAGUCGACAUUAUCGCCAAUGACCAAGGUAACAGAACCACUCCAUCUUUCGUUGCCUUCACCGACACCGAAAGAUUGAUCGGUGAUGCCGCUAAGAACCAAGCUGCCAUGAACCCAGCUAACACCGUCUUCGACGCCAAGAGACUGAUCGGUAGAAACUUCAGCGACCCAGAAGUCCAAGGUGAUAUGAAACACUUCCCAUUCAAGUUGGUCGACGUCGAUGGUAAGCCUCAAAUUGAAGUCCAAUUCAAGGGUGAAACCAAGAGAUUCACUCCUGAACAAAUCUCUUCUAUGGUUUUGGGUAAGAUGAAAGAAACUGCAGAAUCUUACUUGGGUACUAAAGUCAACGAUGCUGUCGUUACCGUUCCAGCCUACUUCAACGAUUCUCAAAGACAAGCUACCAAGGAUGCCGGUACCAUUGCUGGUUUGAACGUCUUACGUAUCAUUAACGAACCAACUGCUGCUGCUAUCGCUUACGGUUUAGAUAAGAAGGGUCAAGAAGAAAAUGUUCUUAUUUUCGAUUUAGGUGGUGGUACCUUCGAUGUCUCCUUAUUAUCUAUUGAAGACGGUAUCUUUGAAGUCAAGGCCACUGCCGGUGACACUCAUUUAGGUGGUGAAGAUUUUGAUAACAGAUUGGUUAACCACUUCGUUCAAGAAUUCAAGAGAAAGAACAAGAAAGAUUUAACCACCAACCAAAGAGCCUUAAGAAGAUUAAGAACUGCUUGUGAAAGAGCUAAGAGAUCCUUAUCUUCAUCUGCUCAAACCUCUGUUGAAAUUGACUCUUUAUUCGAAGGUAUUGACUUCUACACUUCUAUUACCAGAGCCAGAUUCGAAGAAUUAUGUGCUGACUUAUUCAGAUCCACUUUGGAACCAGUCGAAAAGGUUUUGAGAGAUGCUAAAUUAGACAAGUCUCAAGUCCACGAAAUCGUCCUUGUUGGUGGUUCUACCAGAAUUCCAAAGGUUCAAAAAUUAGUCACUGACUACUUCAACGGUAAGGAACCAAACAGAUCCAUUAACCCAGAUGAAGCCGUUGCUUACGGUGCUGCUGUCCAAGCUGCUAUCUUAACUGGUGAUCAAUCUUCCAAGACCCAAGACUUAUUAUUGUUGGAUGUUGCUCCAUUAUCCUUAGGUAUUGAAACCGCUGGUGGUGUCAUGACCAAAUUAAUUCCAAGAAACUCCACUAUCCCAACCAAGAAGUCCGAAAUCUUCUCCACUUACGCUGAUAACCAACCAGGUGUCUUGAUUCAAGUCUUCGAAGGUGAAAGAGCUAAGACUAAGGACAACAACUUAUUAGGUAAGUUCGAGUUAUCUGGUAUUCCACCAGCUCCAAGAGGUGUUCCACAAAUUGAAGUCACCUUCGAUAUCGACUCUAACGGUAUCUUGAACGUCUCUGCCGUUGAAAAGGGUACUGGUAAGUCCAACAAGAUUACCAUCACUAAUGAUAAAGGUAGAUUGUCUAAGGAAGAUAUCGAAAGAAUGGUCGCUGAAGCUGAAAAAUUCAAGGAAGAAGAUGAAAAGGAAGCACAAAGAAUCGCUUCUAAGAACCAAUUAGAAUCUAUUGCUUACUCUUUGAAGAACAGUGUCAACGAAGCUGGUGAUAAAUUAGAUGAAGCUGACAAAGAAACUGUUACUAAGAAGGCCGAUGAAGUCAUCAGCUGGUUGGAUUCUAACACCACUGCUACUAAGGAAGAAUUCGAUGAUCAAUUAAAGGAAUUACAAGCUGUUGCUAAUCCAAUCAUGACUAAAUUAUACCAAGCUGGUGGUGCUCCAGGUGCCGCUCCAGGUGGUUUCCCAGCAGGUGGUGCUCCUCCAGCUCCAGAAGCUGAAGGCCCAACUGUUGAAGAAGUCGACUAA